GUCGUGAGCUUACGGCGAUAUGGCGGGGGGGACUGCAAAACAACAGAAGGCCCAGCAAAAGGCUCUGGAAAAACAAAAACAAAAAAUCGUAGAAGACAAAACGUUUGGUUUAAAAAAUAAAAAGAGCAAAUCAGUACAAAAAUACAUCAAGAGCGUACAACAACAAAUCACUGGGCAACCUCCAAAGGACAGUGACAAGUUUUUAACUCAACAGAAAAAGGAAAAUGAAGAAAAAAACAAAUUGCUCCAGCAAAAGGCUCUGAUUGCCUCGCUAUUUAAAACUACUGAAACUGUAAAACAAGCGAGCCUUGAUGCUCAAAAGGUUUAUGAACCAAAACAAUCCAGAAUGGACCAAAAGAUUGAUAUCUAUUGCGAUCAACGCAUACAAAGAGCCAAAGAAGAUGAUAAUAUGGCUUCCUGGGAUCUUGGGACCUUGGAAGGUGUUAUUAUGGAAAAGAAUACAAAUGCUUGCACUACUGACAUUAUUUGUAAAUAUUUUUUGGAAGCUGUAGAAACAAAGAAAUACGGUUGGUUUUGGGUGUGUCCUAACGGUGGUGAUGAAUGCAAGUACCGUCAUUGUCUUCCUCCUGGCUUUAUUCUUAAAUCUGACGUGCCAAAAGAGGUGGAAGAAGAUGAAGAAACGCUGGAAGAAAAAAUAGAACGUCAAAGGCGUGAACUGCCUCCGGGAGGUGAAAUGGUCACUGAAGAAUCCUUUAAAAGGUGGCGUGAAGAGAAGGAAAAGGGUCGUCUGGACACUCUGAAGGACAAGGUCAAGAAAGAAGGUACAGAACAGCUCACUGGAAAGGACCUCUUUACGUUCAACCCGAACUUGUUUAUGGAUGAUGAGGGUGCUGCUGAUGACUUUGACUACGAUGAAGACAUUGAUCUAGAUGAUAUCAUCAAGGAAAACGAAGAAGCGCUCACAAAGGGGAACAUAUUGCCAGAGGUACGUGCACUAGAGUAA